UGGGAAGGGGCUUUGAGGGGGGUUCGUGGAGUUUGCUUUUGAAGCCGGUAGCGCUUGUAAGUGCAGCUCCACGGCGCAACCUGCUUGGUUGUUUUUGCCGCACCGCCCUCUGCCGGUCACCACGUGGCACCAUCAACAGCUGAGAGCCGAUCACACGUCUGGGUCUAGGCAGCCUUGUCACCCAAACAAGCAACUGCCGUCUGCUAGGCUUCAAUACAAUUCUGCUUCGCUUGCGAGAUCAUUGAACUGUGUAGUCGUAGUAGUCGUUGUAAUAAUAAUUAGACGGGUGACUUGGCGAGAAAACCCUUUGUUAGUACAAGUGGCGGCGGCGGCGGGGGGAUGAUUUCUGGCCCAGUUUCGUUUCAUCGCCAGCCUCGUGGGGUCGGGGACACGGGGAGAGGGCCUUUCGUGCAGCCAAGUGGACCUACGAUGAGUGGUCGGUGGUGGUGAGCGACCGUCUCCUGGCCUGGUAACGUUUGCACAUCUUCUGGUGGCAGUGAAACAUUUUUUUGAGCUCGAGACGUUGAUGCCACGAGCAAUGGAGAACGCAAAAGAGGAGUUUGUGGAAGUUCGCGUCCGAGAUCCCCAAAUCCAGGACAGGAAUUCAUGGCAUCCUCACGUGGAUUAUGAGAUAUUCUUGCACACUAACAGCAUAAGUUUCACGCGCAAGGUGUCUUGCACCCGUCGUCGAUUCCGGGAGUUCGUGUGGCUGCGCAAGUGCCUGGAGAAGAGCACGAAUCUUGAGCAGCUACCGGACCUGCCACCCAGGAACCUCUUUUUCAGCUGCUACAACGAAAAUGACGUGGAGAUGAGGAGGCAGGGCCUUCAGAACUUCCUGCACAGGAUAGUGAAGAUGGUCAUCGUGCUGUCGGACAGCCGCCUGCACCUGUUCCUGCAGAGCCGCCUGAGCGUAAGCGAGAUGGACGCGUGCGUCUCUGGCCUCACCAGCUUCUCCGUCCACGAUGCCAUAAUGUGCCAGCAGCGUGCCGGCUGCCGCUUCCCGAUGGAAGAGCCGCAACCGCAGCAGCCGCGACAGCAGCAGCAGGAGGAGGAGGAGGAGAAUGAGGUGGCUUCUGCUAGGGAUGCGUCGCCCCCUCGCAAGAGCCACCCAGAUGUACUCGCCAUGUCCACGUACGAUGGCGAAGGAGAGAAACCCUGCUGCGGGGAAUAUGACACAGAGAGUGAACAGGACUCUGUGUCGGGCUCACACAACAAUUGCUUGGAGUAACCUCGAGCAACAUCACAGAGCAGUGUUACUGCAAGGAGCCAGCAGAGGGAGCCAAAGCAGAAAGCAUUCAGCUUAACCAACCCAGCAGCUGACAUCUCCUGGCUUUGAAAUGGACCAGCUACCAGCAUGUACCAAAACGCUGGGCAACUGGGAUCUGGCAAAUUCCCGACAAUCAAUCCACUGCUGGAUUAGGGUCUCACCCAUGCAGUGCAGGUCGUGGUGGGUUGUAUGGCUAUACCGCAGUAUGCUGGUGCGGUCUGGGUUGGUGAAGACGCAGAACCAUCGACAGGAGCAUGGCAGUGCAAUGGAUUGUGCUGCACUGCCCUCUGCUGCCCACAAAGUAGCCCAGGAACAGGCUGAAACACCUGUUUUAUGCACAGUGAAAUUGGGACCUGUCAAAUCCCCGCACCAUUAUAGCCUCUUGAAAAUCACCGUAGAGUCCGUAAUGAUUUUGAUAUUUAAUGUAUACACGUGUGCGUGUGUGGGGCUAAGUUUUGGGUCCGACACAGCUUGUAAAGGGGUGUGUGUGUGUGUGCGCGCGUCUUAAAUGUUGGAAGUGGUGGCAGUUGUGCUUGCAUUCACAAUUGGAUCUUUAACCCCACCAAAGCUAUACUGUGAGCAAUAUUGCUUCUUUAUCAUCUUGGUAAUAUAUUUUAAGGUGUCACUUAUUACUUUAUGAAUAAAUGCAUUAAUUUUUUAUUUAAAGCUUUCGUGACUGCGGGGAUUCAUAUUCUUGGUUCUUUACCGAAAGAACCAAGAAUAUAAAGAAUAUAAAUGCAUUAAUGUUUCACCUUUACCUCCUUUAAUGUACGCAUUUGUACAUUUUGGAGUUUGAAAACAUGCAUUGUGUAGACAGAUCACAAUUCAGCAUACAAAAAAAAAUCAGUUCACGAUAUAAAAUAUCAGCUUCAUAAUUAUGGAUGGCACAUUGCCCGUAGUUCAAGAUACUGUGGUAUAAUACGCUUUGCAAUUAUAAAUGUUCCAAUGUUUUAGAAAAAAUUUUUUUUUACAUAGAAUAGAAAGCUAAUAUAAGAGUAUAAAUUAUUUCAAUGUUGCACUGGUUUGUAUCCUGUCAUUACGAUUUUUAUUUUAUUAACAUUUCCUAAACCACAUGCAGACAUGUUUACGAAGACAGCAAUUAGAUCAAACUGUGCAAUACGUAUACUGUGCAGUAUUACUUUAUACAGUGUUGAAAGUAAUAUUUUCAGCUGGUGAAAAGUGAACAUUUUUUGGUAUGGCUUGUAUGAUCAUUGUAAAUUCUGGGACGAAGUUGGUGCUUGAAAUGUUUAAUAAAUAUUUCUGGUAUGCAGCA